AAUAGAUGGUGUGGUGUUGAUGCUAAAUAAUUUGUUUGAAGAUUCAACAAAGCACGCCUCUUUUGCAAAAUCUUCCCUAAAUUCCAAACAGGAACCCGCGGAGAAAGAAGACCAGACCAGACCAGACCUAGCACAACACUUGGAGGAGGAAGAAGAAGAAGAAGGAGGAGGAGGAUUGCAGUUUCAAUUGCAAUUAGUCGCAGUGCUUCUUCGUUGUUAAUUUCCUGCAAUUUCUUGCUGCUCCAAUGGCGGACAAGGGCAAAUUUGGCGACGGCGCGUCGUGGAUUAGGGGUUCAAUCAUUGGAAAGGGGGGUUUCGGCUCCGUCUAUUUGGCCACUCUCAAGAACCCUAAAUCCAAAUUCAGUUUCUACCCGCCGUUAAUGGCCGUCAAAUCGGCCGAGGUUUCAGCUUCGGCUUCGAUUCAGAAGGAGCGGGAGGUUCUCAGCAACAUCAAGGGUUGUCCCUACGUAAUCCGGUGCUUCGGCGAGGAGACAACAAUGGCGGCCAACGGCGCCAUGGUUUAUAACCUUCUGUUAGAAUACGGCGCCGGCGGUACAUUAUCCGACAGAAUCAGGCAAUCCUCCGCCGCCGGCUUGCCGGAAUCGGAAGUCAAGUUAUUCGCAAGGUCGAUUCUCAGAGGACUUAAUCACAUCCACACCGUCGGCUACGUCCAUUGCGAUUUGAAGCCCGACAACAUUCUCCUCGUCUCCGAUCCCCGCCGGAAAAUCGAUCCGAAAAUCCAAUUCAGGGCUAAAAUCGGCGAUUUUGGAUUGGCGAAGAGGGUAACGAAUUCGAAACAGAGCAAGAAGAGGAAGCUGGAGCCCUACUGGCGCGGCACGCCGAUGUACUUAUCGCCGGAGGUUGUCCUCGACAAUGUCCAAGAGCCACCGGCCGACAUUUGGGCAUUGGGUUGUCUUGUCCUCGAAAUGCUGACAGGGAAGCCGCCAUGGGAGAGGGGCGGCUCCACCACCGUCGACGACAUUCUCUGGAGGAUCGGCGCCGGGCGCCAGCUGCCGGAGAUUCCCUCCGGCCUAUCAAAACCCGCCAUUGCCUUUCUAAAAGGAUGCUUUGUGAGGAAUUCUAAGUUCAGAUUGACGGCCGAGAUGCUUUUGGUACAUCCCUUUCUCGAAGGGCUGCCCGAGGAUGACUUCAGCGCUGAUGAUCUGUCGGAAAAGGCUGAGAAUUUGGACGAGGAUCAGCUGAUCUUGGUGUUGUCUGAGACCGAGGAUGACAGCUGCGACUCGUUCGAUUUGUCUGAGGACGAGGAUUCAUUCUCAGACGAAAAUGCAGAAGAAGACGAAGACGAAGAAGAAGAAGAAGAAGAGGAAGAAGAAGAAAAUGUGUCGGGAAUUUCUGAAGAAACAGAGUGCAAAGCGCGAGAAUCCUCCCGAGCAAGAAUUGAUCCGCCAAAUGAAAAGGCUUCGCCAAAAGUCCCGUCUCGGAGUAGACAGCAUUAUCCGGUUAACAUCAUUGUCCGCGCAGGCGUAUAGCUGUUGCCUGCCUACAGACACAUUUGGUAACAUUAUAGACUCGAAUUUUUGCUCUAGUGGUAGAUAUUAUUCGAUUCAUUAAGGUAUAGCCGUAGGCUAUCCUCGAUUCAUAUGUCAUAGCCAUUCGUUUGUCUUUACUAAUUGUUGCGAGUUUCCUGCUCGAAGAUCAACCCUAGUCGAUCCAUGUCUCAGACUAUACAUUUCCCGGUCGGAUAUUUUGAACAUAUAUAUAUAUAUAGAUUUCGUAUAUUUGCUCAUUAUCCUAAC